CUCGGAGGUUCCCGCCCGGCUCGAGGAGACGGAGGUCACGGCGGGAAGAAGCCGCCGCCGCCGCCGCCGCUUCCGCGAGGUCUGAGCGCCGGGCCCCGCCAUGUCCUACUGCCGGCAGGAAGGGAAGGAUCGGAUCAUAUUCGUGACCAAAGAAGACCACGAGACGCCAAGCAACGCAGAGCUGGUGGCCGAUGACCCCAACGACCCGUACGAGGAGCACGGCUUGAUCCUGCCCGACGGAGGCAUCAACUGGAACUGCCCGUGCCUCGGGGGCAUGGCCAGCGGGCCCUGCGGGGAGCAGUUCAAGUCGGCCUUCUCCUGCUUCCACUACAGCACCGAGGAGCUCAAGGGCUCCGACUGCAUAGACCAGUUCCGGGCCAUGCAGGAGUGCAUGCAGAAGUACCCGGACCUGUAUCCGCAGGAGGACGAGGCGGAGCAAGGGGAGGAGAAGCCAGGGGAACGUGUCGAAGGAGCGGCUGCCACUGAAGCCACGGCCACCAAAGACGAGGCGGGGUCACGUCCAUGAAGGCCACAGGGCGCCGGGCUCGGGUCCUUCCACUUUAGAACGACUCGGGCCUUUUGCGCCUUGCCGUUUUGUCGCCUUCCCGGAAAGUGUCUCUUCCUCUGUCGUUGCGUGCGGCUCAGUGUGCGAAGUAACCUACUUUGCUGAUCAGAGGCCUGGGUCCCUCGCCGUGGACGCUGGCACAGAUGGGGUUUGUACGUCUGUGUCCUCCGCCAAGGUGCCAGCGAACGUAGCCGCCGCCGUGGAAGUCCCACGUCGCCCUGAAUGUUGCCCCUUUGGAAAAAACGUGCUGAAUGUGGCCGGCGUCCAAAAAACCGUUACCCAGAGUGAGUUGAUUUAGUCCGAUUCGUUCUAUACCUUUGAGUGGAUUUUACGCCCCUUUGGGUGAUAAAAUAGAAACAAAACCGUUCUGACCUGGACUGUGUGAGGGGCGCUACGUUCCUGAUAACAUUUUGGUUUCCGUGUUUGCACUGAGCUCCGGCCGUCCCGAUUUUACACGGUGGAGCUUUGGACCCUCCCGCUCGUGGUCCCUUUGUCAGAGAGACAGGCUGGGUUUUGCGGUUCUUGUGAUUCCAAACCCCCCGGCUCGGGGGCCUGUGUGCACGCUGGCUCUCAACCCGGUCCCGUGCCAAGUUCUUGAGAUGGGGACCUAACCGUCACCAGGGUCGCAGCCAGGAGAGGAAUGAAUGUGAAUGAACUACUCAAUUAAAGAGAAACAUGAUUUCUA